AGAUGUUUCUUCCUAGAAAUCACUACAAUUCCAGACUCUCCCUUUGCUCCCAAUUAACCCACCGGAACCAUGUCAAUUGUCCCAACCAACGGCCAACAGGGCAGAGUGAGUGAUCCAUUCCCUCUAGACUUAUGGGAUCCAUUCAACGAAUUCGAUGUUUUAAACCCAUUCUCCCAUGGCUUCCCUUUCCCUUCGUUUCUUUCUGGCGGUGGUUUCUCCGAAAUUUUCCCAUCCGUUGGGACUCAACUCAGCUGUAUAGAAACCCCAAGGUCCCAUGUCUACAAAGCCUACCUUCCGGGGGUAAGCAGAGACGAAGUCAUAGUUUUCAUUGACGAUGAUAGGAUGCUCCAGAUAAGCACCGAGAAUGGUAACUUCAUGAGCAGGGUCAAGCUGCCUGAGAGUGCCAGGACGGAUGAGAUUCAGGGUUUUAUGGACAACGGGAUGCUCGUCGUGACCAUCGGAAAGGAUGUUGCACAGAGUCCAAAUGUCAGGGUCGUCGAAAUCACUGAAUGAUGUUUUUACUCUCUUGUUUGUUGUGUUGUUGCUCUGUUGUGUGUGUCGGAAGCUGUUUACCUGGUUUCUUGUACUAUAACUGUGUUUCGGUAGCAAUAAAAGUGCUUUUACUUUG